UAGAAGGCUGCAGGUAUGUCCGCUUGACUUGACGCCCAUCGCGCCGGUUCUCAUUCCACCCAUAUUCAUCGCAUCACUUUUCUACUUACCCACGUCUCACUCAUCUAUCCCUCUCUAGAUAUUUGCCAGUAGAAGCCAGCUACCGACGAAACGGCUUUAGGUACCUCGUUUCAGGCGAGCGCUAAUAAGUGUUUCAUCACCGUAGCGAAUAGCCUUCAUCACACCCCUCUCAAAUCUGCCUUGCCACUGCAUAGGAGUAAUGCCCGCGGCAGUGGACUCAUCUCUCCUCCCCGCGCGCGCUACGGGAGCGGCCGCCCGCCUCGUCGCCGCCCACGCCGGGGAGCACGCCCUCAAGCUGUACGGCGGUUGGUUCUGCCCGUUCGUGCAGCGGGCCUGGAUCGUUCUGCGCGAGAAGCGCAUCCCGCACCAGUACAUCGAGAUCAACCCGUACCGCAAGGCCCCCGAGUUCCUGGCCCUGAACCCGCGCGGCUUGGUGCCGACGCUGGCCGUACCGGUCGGGAGCGGACGCCAGGCCAAAGCGCCGAGAAAGAGGAGGCCCCUGUACGAGAGCGUGAUCAUAUGCGAAUACCUCGACGAGGCCUACGCCGACGAGCGCGCGCAUGGCCCCGCCCUGCUGCCGCCGGACCCGUACGAGCGCGCGCGGUGCCGGCUCUGGAUUGACCACAUCGGUAAUAAGAUCGUGCCCGCGUUCUACCGCCUCCUGCAGCACACGCCGGCGAAGGACUACAGUGUCGAGGAGGCGCGGGAGAAUUUCCUGGGCCACAUCCGGACGCUCGUGCGGGAGAUGCUAGAAAUCGGCGAGGAGAGGAGCGAUCGCGGCGGCGGGGACGAAGAAGACGGGCCGUGGUUCCUCGGUCGCGCUUUCAGCCUCGUCGAUGUUAUGCUGGCACCGUGGGCAAAGCGUUUGUUUCUGAUCGACCACUACAAACCCGGUGGUGUAGGCAUCCCGGCUGCGGAUCAGGUUAGCGACGAGCGGGACGCGCAGAUCUGGGCGAGGUGGGGGCGCUGGUUCGACGCGGUGGUCGCCCGCGAGAGCGUGAGGGAGACGUGGAGCGACAACGAGCAGUAUAUCGCCGCGUACCAGAGAUACGCCGAGGAUACGACCCAGUCGGAGGUUGCGAAGGCGACGCGGAAGGGCGAGAGGCUUCCGUGAGAAUGCUGGAAUGCCUACGAUGUCUUGGCGACAGCCGGGGUCUUAUAAAGACUUCGCCAGUGAGUAGCUAGGGCGAUCCUUCAGCGCUCCCUCAUUCGCUACAGCACCAGCUACGAAUUUGGUUCCGAGCAACGGAAUAACUCACGUCUAUUUUUAAGUACUGGUACCUGGACGGCGCUCCCGAGUUCUGGCCUGUUGAGAGAUGGUGGUUCUAUAAU